GUGGCAGGCGAGCUUGAUUGUAUUCACUCUUCGCACCGAUGUUAUUCAGACUUUAUUUCGAACCGCACCAUGUCCACUGAUUGACCAAACGGAUUGCCACUGUACACACUCGCCAGGAUGGCUGAAGAACGCAGGGUCUGUAGCAGUGCCCCACAAGUUGAGUCAAAACCUCCCUCUUCAUCCUCUUCAAUGAGGGAACUGGAAUCUAAAAACUUGCAUCUCAGAAGGAAGUUAAGCUCAGUGGAGGAAGAAAGUGYUUCUGUGAUGCAAGAAAACAGACAACUGAUCAUUGAAUUGGAAGCAGUGAAUCUCGAACUUGCCAGCUCCAAAACCAAAGUCCGGGUUCUGGGUUCCACCGUAGGGUCUAAGACUUCUAGUGUGUGUCAUAUGAAGGAGGAGAUUCAGGGUAUGGAGGCUGAGGUUGAGGCCCAAGGGAAUGCACUCAGAGAUACAGAAAAGAGGCUGGAGGAGACUAAAGAGACAUUGGUUAUUAAGAGCAGACUAGUGGACCAGCUACAAGAGGAGCUGAUAGCUGCUAGGGCUGAGUUAGAAAACAGGACUAAUCAGGGGUUAAGAGUUGAGCAACAGAGAAAGGAAGCUCUUGUAACUGCAGAGAGGCAGACAUUGGCUCUCCGGAGUUACAAGGGAAAUAUGUCUGAGAAACUGAAGAAGGUGUUGGACAACGAGGCCAGACUGAAGGAGGCUCUUAUCCAGUGUGAUAAAGAGAGAGUGGUGUGGGAGAGGAGGUGUCUUCAGCUAGAGCAGGACAAGACCGACAUGAACCAGCUGAUCGGCCAGUUGAAGGAAGAGUCGGUCAGAGCCAAGGCGGUGAGUGUAGAGAGCGCCAUGUUGCGUUCUCGUCUGGAAGAGGCCUCUGUCCAGGCUGUGGAGCUGAAGAGAAGACUGAGUGACAGGGAGAUAGUUGAGAAGGACAUAGAGGUGUUGAGGAAGGAGUGUGGGGACCUACGCCACCUCACUACCAGCCAGGAGCAGAGACUGGAGCACUGUCAGAGAGAAGCACAGCAGAGCCAGGCUGAACAGGCCAGCCUAGAGGCCAUCCUCAGCCUGCUGCAUCUUAGAGAGAGUGGAGGGGGAUCACUCUGUGCUAAGCCUUGUCUGCCAGCUCCAUUCUGUGAUGUCCCCAAACUCAAGCCAGGGGAGCAGUACCAGCAGCUGCUGCCUGUGUUGCGUGCUGUGGAGCAGGAGAGAGCCAGGCAGGCAGCUCUAGCCCUGGACCUGCAGGAGAGACUAAGGCAGGCCCAGGAGGAGAUGACUGCCCUACAGAACAACAUGAACCAGAGAGACCUCCAGCUACAGAAACUACAUACAGAGCUGCAGGAGAGGACAGUACAAAUUAACCAGCUGGAGAGAGAGUUAAGGAGGAAGAACGUCUGCCUGGCAACUACAGAGCAACAGUUGGAGAAGAAAGAUGCAGGACUUUCACAGGCUGUAGAGAAGACCACUGAGUUGGAGCAGAACCUGCUGGAGAAGAGCAGCAGUAUCCAGCACUUUAAAACCACUCUGGACUUGAAGAAGAGGGAUUUCCAGCAGGAGUUGGAGGAGACUCAGAGAGUUGGCUCAGAGCAACGUAAGGAGCUACAGGAUCAAAUCAAAAUGUUGCACUCUCAGAAAGCAGAGCUGGAGAAAGGCUUCUCUUCAGCCCAGCAUGAAAGACAGGAGGCCCAGCACAGAGCAGAGAGACUUCAGACCUCCCUCAACCAGCUCACGCAUGCAUGUCUGCCCAUACACAACACUCCUCACAUUACCUUUACCUAGAGUGCAUUCGGGAAGUAUUCAGACCCCUUGAC